AUGUAGUUUGCCCCAGCGACUCCAGUGGGCGUGGGUGACGGGACUGGUCGGAAAUAAUGGCGUCCAAAGCGAUCGCAGUCGACAAGGCAGUGCCGAUCGAGGGGGAUAAGGCGGAAACGCCGCCGGCGGAGACAGAGGCGUCUCUGUUCUCAUCCUACAUCGGCCUCAGCUUCGCCUUGUUCCUGGGUCUCCUCCCCAAGUUAUCCCUCUCGUACGUGUCGUCGCUCCAGUCCCGCAACCGGAUCCUCGCUACGAAGCUAUUCGAGGCCGAGGACCAGCUCCGAACGCUAAGGUCUCGGGGGAAGGAAGAUGCCAAGGCCAAUGCGCGAGUGGCCGAGAUCUUCGCGGGCCGCCGCGCCCGGUGGCAGCAGGAGGACAGGCGCCUCCUCCUCCGUGUGGAUUCCGCGGAGGCGGAGAUUUCGGGUUUGAGGGCGCGAUUGGAGGAGACGGAGCGAGAGAGGGCGGAUCUUAACGCCGCACUGGAGAGGCUAGAGAGGGACGAGAUGCUCGAGUUCAUGGCGAGGAAGGAGGGUGGUGGAGGUGGGCUGGAUUUGGUGGAGGACAGUGGUACUGGAGGGGGUUUCACCAGGGUUAAGGUUCCGGAGGAGAAGUUACUGGCAAGGAAUGGAAAACUGGUGGCGAUUCAGCAGAAGAAGGGAGCUGUUCAUGCCUUCGGAAGGCAUGAAACAGUGGACAGAUCAGUCUAUUGGAUGGCAGGAUAUGAUGUAUGACUCACUUGGCACAACAAAUAGUAUGAAGCAUUUAGUGGCAAGGCGGGAAUCCCCUUGGAAGGUUGAUAGUGAAUCUUCUGGCAUUUCCACUAAGCUUAAACUUCUUGAAGAAGAAUUGGUUUACCUGGAAAAAGUCGGGACUGGAGAUUUGUCCAAAAUAACUUCGUUGAUGAGGAAGCAAGCAAAGAGAUAUCAAUCUCUUGCUGGAAAAGUUGAUGCUUUAGAGAAUGAAUGAGCCCUGCGACCCGACCCUAACUCCAGAGUUCCGAACACAACGACAGACUGAGUUCUUGCUCGAAGCAUUUCACCUGCAGAAUUAUGCAUCGGAAACAAGACAAAAGCUGAGUUCAGUGCAAGCAGAG